AGAAACCACAUUCAGGAACGAAUGAAGCAUGGCUCUGUUUGCUCUACUGUUUGCGUUUCUGACCGUUUCUUCACCUCUGAAGGCUGCAGGUGCGGAUGAUGAUCGCCCUCCUGUACAGGAGGUGGCCAAAGUCAUCUUAAGCGACCCAUCAUUGACCUAUCUUAAGAACUCACCUCAAACUUUUGCAUUGCUGGACAAACUUCUGAAAAUCAAAACAGGUCCCAAGGGUGAUCAUGGGUAUCCGGGAACUGUGGGACCUCAAGGACCUCAAGGACCUCAAGGACCUCAAGGUAGUAAGGGUGAAAUGGGUCAAAAAGGUGCAACAGGAGCAACACCUAGCUGUCCAUCUUGUAAUCGAUGCGAAAUGGGAAGACUUUUUGCAGCAGGCAAUGGUGUACCUUCUAGUGUGGGCUAUUGUUCGUCCAAAUACCUUCAGACCCAGUGCUGGCCUGUGUUGAAAGAUGUUAAAUUUUCCAAAUUGUUCAGUUCAACACCUGCUGUGACGGUUUCAAUCAGUCUGCUGGACAGUCAUAAAGACAACAAUGUCCGCAUCAAUGUUUUUCCAAGCCACAUUACUAGGUACGGGUUCAAGGCCAACAUCCACAGAUGGGCUGACACCAAUUUGCACGCGGUGUCAAUCUCCUGGAUAGCGUGCGGUAACUAGAAUUGGAGACAUUUGUUGCAAGGACUGCAUGUAGUGGAACAUGUUUUGGCGUUUGUGUACUUUAUUGAUGGCAUUGGACCAAUGGUUUAGCGCUGUAGGCUGUGUAGUGUAGAAGUCUGUCUAGACAUGUAGGAUGUUUGCUUGACGAUUUGUUGCUCUUAGGUUGAAAUACGUCUGUGUAUAGUCGUUGUAGUCGAAUAUAUCUGUCAUACGUUUGCUGCCUGA